AAGUGGAUGCGGAUCAUUUGUAAGUGUGUGCAUGUAGGCUGUCCUGUUUCCAGGGAGUAGGACCGGAGCCGUUCAGCCCACUGCAGCCGCGGUAGGCUACUUCCGUUCCGCAGAGGGCGACAGGCACCAGCCUCGACUGUGGCGGAGGUCCAGACACAAUAGAGUGGGUACCGGCUCUUCUCCAAUCCACACCGGUAUGUCGGAUGAGGAUUCCCGUGCCAGCACCAGCUCUUCCUCGUCGCCACCUUCCUCCAGCCAGAGCAUCCAGAGGGACACGCCGUGCAAGAAGAAACGGGAGAGCAAAGCCAGCAUGAGCAAGACCUCCAAGCUGCUUUCCACCAGCGCCAAAAGGAUUCAGAAAGAGCUGGCCGACAUUACACUGGACCCUCCGCCAAACUGCAGCGCCGGCCCCAAAGGAGACAACAUCUAUGAGUGGAGGUCGACCAUCCUGGGACCACCGGGCUCCGUGUACGAGGGAGGGGUCUUCUUCCUGGACAUCGCCUUCACGCCGGACUACCCCUUCAAACCCCCCAAGGUGACGUUUCGUACCAGGAUCUAUCACUGUAACAUCAACAGUCAGGGUGUGAUCUGUCUGGACAUCCUGAAGGACAACUGGAGUCCAGCCCUCACCAUCUCCAAGGUGCUGCUGUCCAUCUGCUCCCUGCUCACAGACUGUAACCCAGCCGAUCCCCUGGUGGGAAGCAUCGCCACCCAGUACACGACCAACAGAGCAGAACAUGACCGAACGGCCAAACAGUGGACGAAGAGAUACGCCACAUAAACCCAGAGCUGUGGGUGUGGGAGGAGGAGGAGGAGGAGGAGCUGGUGUUGUGGGUUGUUUGUGUCGGGGCAGGGAGAGAGGAGGAGGAGGAGGAGGAGGGGGGGAGGUUAUUUCUAUCUCAGAUUUUUAGUACUUUAUUGUCUGGUAUAUUUUUUUGCUUCCUGAUUAAGUUAUCGCCACAAAUAUGGUAAUAAAGGAACACGAUGGAAAUAA